GUAAGAACAUCUCGGAUGGCAUUUGAGUUAGCCUUGCCUCAGUGCCUCAUCCAGACUAUAAAAGAGCCAGCGGUGCUCCUGUCUUCACUCCCUGCUUCCAUCGUCAGACAGACAAACCUUCAGCAAGACAGCAGCAUCAUGGCCUCCUCUUACUCCAGCCGCAGCUAUGUUUCUUCUGGAGGAUCCCUCUUUGGAAGUUCUAGCAAAUCCACACAGAUCUCCACCUCCACCAGAGGGUCUGUAGUGACCGCACGGGCCAGCAGUAUGUAUGGAGGAGCCGGAAGCUCUGGGGUUCGCAUCUCCACCGCUUCCGCUGGGAGUGCCAUAGGAAGCUUUGGCUUUGGGGCUCUAGACUCAGCGUUCAUUGGCAAUGAGAAGUUCACCAUGCAGAACCUCAACGACCGUCUGGCCACCUACCUGGAGAAGGUGCGCUCCCUGGAGAAGGUUAACGCUGAGCUGGAGCUGAAGAUCCGCAGGUUCUUGGAGAGCAAGGCCUCCCCAAUUGCUCACGACUACCGCACCCACCAGGUCACCAUCAGUGACCUCCAGGCCAAGAUCCAGGUGGCCAUCCAUCUGAAGGGCGGAGUCUAUCUCAACAUUGAAAAUGCACGGCUUGCCAUGGACGACUUCAGAACGAAGUAUGAGAUGGAGCUGGCCAUGCGUCAGUCUGCGGAGGCCGAUAUCGCUGGGCUGAGAAGAGUGCUGGAUGAGCUCAAGCUGACCAAAAAAGAUCUAUCUAUGCAGAUUGAGGGACUGAAGGAGGAGCUGGUCUUCCUCAAGAAGAACCAUGAGGAGGAUCUCUUAGCCAUGCGCCAGCAGAUGAGCGGACAGGUUCACGUGGAGGUGGACGCCGCACCUCAGCAAGACCUGACCAAAGUCUUGGCUGAAAUGCGAGAACACUAUGAGUCCGUUGUUGCUAAGAACCACAGGGAAGUUGAGAGCUGGUUCAAGACAAAGACUGAGACUCUGAAACAACAGAUGGUCACAAGCACUGCGACCCUGCAGACGUCUCGCUCUGAGAUCAACACCUUCAGAUCCACACUGCAGUCUCUGCAAAUCGAACUACAGUCUCUCCUGGCGUUGAAAUCCUCCUUGGAGAGCACUAUGGUCGAGACUCAGUCACGUUACUCCAUGAAGUUGUCUGGCUACCAAAUGCAGGUAACGAGUCUAGAGGAGCAGCUGGCGCAGCUCCGCGCUGAUCUGGAGCGCCAGGGUCGCGAGUACCAGCUGCUUCUGGACAUCAAGACCAGACUGGAGCUGGAGAUCGCCGAGUACAGGAGACUGCUGGACGGAGAGACCAGCACCAUCAAAACCUCCACUUCCACCUCCAGGACCAAGGUCAUCACCGUGGUGGAGGAGGUUGUGGAUGGCAAAGUGGUUUCCUCCUCCUCCACCUCCGAGGAAUUUAUCAAGAAAUGA